UAUUCGGCGUGAGAAUUGGAUUUGAUUGGAUGAAGUUUCUUGGAUUCCAGAACUUUCGCUCCGUGACCCAAGGAAGUCAUUAAAUCAUAAUCGUGACACAGCUGAUUCUGUACACAGUUUGUACCGGUACAAGAUUAACGCCGUACCCGGGAUAUUAGUGUACCGUCAGUACACUCAGUGUACCAGAAGUUUAGCUGUACCAGAAGUGUAGUUGUACCAGAACUAUAGCUGUACCAACGGAACUGCUUUGAUAUUCUGCUGAGAUAUUACUCAAUUAAUUCAGAAACAGUUUCUAUUUCUGUCUAACCAGUUUUCUAAAACAAGUCGCAGUUUUAAAACAAUGAAGAGUUACAUUUGGCUUACCAUCACAGGCUUGUGCGCAUGUCUGCUUCGUGACGUCAUAGCCACCAAGGUGUUCUGCUACUACAGCAGCUUCGCCCAGACCCGCCAGGGGUCGGGCAACUACCUGCCGGAGCACAUCGACCCCCACCUCUGCACCCACAUCAUCUACGCCUUCGUCGACAUCAGCCCAGACGGCAGUGACCUGGUACCCUUUAACAGAAAUGAUCAGGGUCUGUACGCCAGGACUCUGGCACUGAAGGAAAAGAACCCGGAUCUGAAGGUCCUACUGGCUGUAGGGGGGUGGCAGAUCGGCUCCAAACCUUUCAUCCCCAUGAUCAAAGAUGAGUACACCCGGAGUGUGUGGAUCCAGAACGUCAUCCGUUACUUGAGGAGACAUGGUUUUGAUGGCUUUGACAUGGACUGGGAAUUCCCCGCCACCAGAGGGAGCCCUCCCGAGGAUAAAUAUAGAUUUACUUUGCUUAUGAAGGGCCUGUACGAGGCGUUCGCCCAAGAAGCGCGUGAGACGGGACGUGACAGGCUACUGCUCACCCUGGCCACAGCGUCCGGCACGUUCUACAUAGACCAGAGCUACGAGCCUGACAAGAUCAUCAACUACAUCGAUUACAUGCUUCUGAUGACCUACAACUACCACGGUCAGUGGGAGAAGGUCACAGGUCACCACAGUGGACUGUACCCCCACAAGAAUGACCCCAAGUCAGGCGAGAAGGCCCAGCUGUAUCAGGACUGGUCAAUCGACUACUGGCUGGACAUCGGCGUGUCCAGGGAUAAACUCAUUGUCGGCCUUCCCACCUACGCCAUGACCUUCACCCUCGCUGACCCCUCGGAUCACGGAGUUCACGCCCCUGUCAUCGGUGGUGGGAAGAUGGGAGACUACACCAAGGAGACCGGGAUACUGGCGUACUAUGAGGUGUGCACGAAGCUAAAGUCCGGCGACUGGCAGUCCGAGUGGAUCGAUGACCAGAUGGUGCCGUUUGCUUACGGCGGUGACCAGUGGGCGGGGUACGAGGACACGAACAGCAUCGCCAUAAAGGCCAACAACAUCCUGAAGCGGGGCCUGGCCGGCGCCUUCGUUUGGUCCCUGGAGAUGGACGACUUCAGCGACUCGUGUGGGGAGGGGCGGUACCCGCUACUGACCACCAUCAAGGACACCCUGGGCGGGGCAAAGUCGAAGCCUCUAUCUGAUUCUUCUCAUAUCCAACGGCCUCGUUCUGAAUCGAGCCCGCCCUCUAGAAGCCGGAAAAUGAAAGCCAAGUCCACCCACAGGUCAUCAUCACGUGACCCACUAGACCUGAAGCGCCACCUACAAAAGCACAAACAGGUGACCGAAGGUCAGACUGACAUGCCCUCGACCUUGACCCCUGAAGUUGAGGUCACCACGAGACACGAGCGCCAGAACAGGUGGUGGACGAGCUGGAGGAAAUCCGCGAGCCAGGGGCCGCCCCUGGCCAGAGCUGCAGCCAGGCAUCAGCCAGACGGUGAAGCUAGAGCCGCAGCUAGACCCGCAGCUAGACCCCAGCCAGAAGUUGACGCAAACAUCCCAGCUAGACCCGCCUCGAGAUCAAAGAACAACUGGUGGCGUAAAGGGAACAGGCUGGUACAAAAAGUUUCCCCGACACCGGAAGUGACGCCAGAGAUAACAGAAGACGAGGUGGUAACAGCGCCAGAGAUCAAAUGGUGGUUAAGUAGAAUUGGUCCAUCCAAAACCACCGUGACGUCAUAUCCGGACGAGAGCGACUACCCAGACGACCAGACGUUCUCUACGUCACCCGCGUGGACCAAUCAAAGGUCAAGGACGGAGAAGUUUGUUGUUGAUGCGAGGAUCGGGGUCUGCCGUGAGUUCGGGGUCGGGACGUUCGCCGACCCCCUCUCUUGUGAGCAGUUCAUCAUCUGCAUGUCGGGCAACUGGCUGGACAUCCCCCCUCACGUGAUGGCCUGCCCCGAGGGUACCAGGUUCGACUCCAGCCUCAAGAUCUGCAACUACGCCUCCAACGUCUCGUGUGACGACUGAAUGACGUCAUGUCUCUACAAGCGCCAUUGUGAUCGUUACGACUGAUAUUAAAGUGUCAAAGUUCACGCUGAGCCGAUGCUGAG